AUGGCUGAAUCUCCUGUGUACCCGUCCAAUCUGGACAGCAUCUUCGAUGCCGCAUCUCCUCUCAAAGACCGCAUCGAUCCCAUCCGAUUGACGUCAGACAACAUCGUCCCGAUCUUCAACCUGCCCCUCACUCACAAGGUGCUGGGCCACGAUGCCUCAGAAGAGUCUCUUGCACAGGUUGCAAGCGGCGAGAUCUCAUAUACAACCUUUGUCGCCGACCAGGCCCGCGCCGCUCUCCAGUCUACCGAUGACUUGACCACGGAACAAAAACAAUCGCAACUCCUACACCUUGGACUAGCAGCCUUGUUCGGCUUCCUACAGUCUAACGUCACCGGUCCUCCCCUCGAAUUCAGCUCGCCCGAAGUUGUACUGCCCUCUGCUCUGCGAACCGAACCCACAACCCUCAAAGCCGUGCGGGCAAAGAUCAUCCGUGACCUAACCCUGGAUGGAGAAUAUGCCUACAAGCUCACACCCAACCCGGAAUUGUUUGCUGUCGCCAAGGCUCUGCUGGCCGAUGCUAGCAGCGAUGGACCGCUUGUCGCAAAGACUGCGCGUAUGCGUACCAACUUCCUUCACCAAAAGAUGCUUUCGGAGGUCACGAGUACUCUCCAGGAUGUGAUCUACAAGGAUGUUGAGAUCCUGGCCAAGGCUGAGUUGAACUCAGACGAGAGGAGUCGGUUCCUGCUGGAAAGGGCCACUAUCCACACACACCAUGGAUUCGAUGUCAAGGCACGGGAAGAUAUUGAUCAGGCGGCCAAGGUACGGAGGUUCGAGUUUGCGUUGACCGGAAAGAUGGGCAAGCGCACAAAAUUCCAAGACCGUGAUAUCAGUCAGCUGGUCGUGUUGGCUAAGAGUGCUGAUGAGACGUCACAAUCUUCGGAGCCUUCUGGGCCUAAGAACCUGAACUUGGACGACGACACCCUUCUCGAGGCUAUCUCUUUCUCUGACCAAAAGCCCGACGAACAAUCCCUGGCAAUCCAAGAUAAGGUUUCCGCAACUUUGGAUGCCAUUGAUGCCAACAACCAGCCAAUUCUCAACCCCGUUGACUCUGCUCUCCUACUCGCACUCGCAUCUGCCAUUACUAACACCUCGCCUGAGAACGGCCUCACCCGAGAGGAAACAAACCCCUAUGCCACUCGAGUUCUCGAUGGCGGCAGCUCCAACUGGCAGAUCUAUACCCAAGCACUUCUGGUCCGCAGUCGGGUAGAGGGUUACCGCUCCCGUACUGUUGAGAGAGCCGUGCUGCAGAUGCAGGCUUUGGUGGAUCAGGUCAUUGCGGAUACCGCAACUAGCGAUGACGCAGCUCAGAACGAAUCAGGCGAUCCGACGACUUUCCUGCCACGCCCUGAGCAGUCUGAGUCUGCCCCCGCCGCUGACCGACUCGAGCACAUCUGGAUCUUAAACUUCUCAACACGCUGGAGCCUCGAGGCCGAGCUUGCCAAGCGCUGGGUUGAUCUCGGUGGUCUGCGCACCGCACUCGAGAUCUACGAGAGACUACACAUGUGGGCUGAGGCCGCGCUUUGCUAUGCCGCCACCGAGCGUGAAGGUAAGGCGAAGAACCUCAUCCGCCGCCAGCUUUACCAGGCCACCGGCCCAGAUGAAAAUGACGAAAAUGAGGAAUUCAACGGACCAGAGCGCUCACCAUUACCCGUUGAUGCACCACGCCUGCUCUGUAUCAUGGGAGACAUCGACAAGGACGAAAAGAUGUACGAGCGCGCAUGGGAAGUCUCCGGGGAACGAUACGCCCGCGCCCAGCGGUCCCUGGCUCGCCAUUAUCUCACCUCCACACCACCGCAAUUGGAAAAUGCCGAGAUAGCCUAUAAGAAGAGUUUGCACAUCAACCGGCUGAACCAGGGCGCAUGGUUCGCUCUCGGUUGCGUGCAGCUCGAGCUCGAGAAAUGGCAAGAAGCAACCGAUACCUUCACCCGCACUGUUCAACUCGACGACACAGACGGUCAGGCCUGGAGUAACCUUGCCGCUGCGAUGCUGCGCAUGCCCGACACAGAGCCUGCCCCCGAGGUGAUCGACGAGUCCACCGGCGAGGUCUCGGUCGCCGAAGUUGACCCCCACAGGCGCAAGCGCGAGGCCCUAUCAGCGCUCCAGCGCGCAGCCCAACUCAAGGGCACUGAUGCCCGCAUUUGGGACAACGUCCUGACUGUCGCAGCAUCAAUCCCGCCGCCGGCAACACCAUUCCGCGAUGUGAUCACCGCGCAGAAGCGCAUUAUCGAGCUCUCUGGCACGAAGAAGGGCGAGAAGUGCAUUGACGUGGCGAUCCUGGGCAUGCUCGUUGACUUCCUGAACGUGGCAUUCGAGUACGAGGAGUUGCUUAUCCGCUCUGAUGAUCCAUCUGAAGCCCCGAUUGUUCGUACCGGUACUAUUCCCGGCCAGAUCAUCUCGCUGGUUGAUCAGAAUGUCGUCCCACUUAUCACGCACUCUUCGAUACUGUGGCAGAUUGUUGCCCGCGUUGAAGUCUUCCGUCAUCGGCCUUCUAAGGCGUUCGAGUGUCAUGAGAAGGCGUGGCGUGCUACUAUUGCUGCCAAUGCUCAGGGUGCUUUCCAGAUGGGCGAUGAGAAGCCCUGGCUUGAGGUUGUUCGGGCUACAGAGAAGCUUGUGAGAGAUGGUUAUGCUAAGUUUGGUCCUAUGGACCGUGAAGAUCAGAAGGUUGAGGGCGACCAAGAGGCUCAGCUUGUUGCGAAGGACUGGCGGUUCAAGGCUCGUAGUGCCGUGAGAGGAAUCAUGGGCAAGGGCAAGGACUUCUGGGAUGGCACGGAAGGCUGGGACCGCUUGAAGCAGUUGCAGGCUGAGGUUACCGGCAAUUAG